AUGACUGAUAUCUCAGCUGGUGCCCACGAUGGUGCCAAUGGGCGGUCGGUGCCCUACGUCAAUGGCAAGGUGUCGUAUGCCGAGAAGUUCAGCAUUGCGGACCACUUCAUAGGGGGCAACCGGUUGUCCAACGCCGCCCCCAGCAAGGUCAAGGACUUUGUCGCCCAAAACUACGGUCACACCGUCAUCACCAAUGUUCUCAUUGCCAACAACGGUAUCGCCGCCGUCAAGGAGAUCCGAUCAGUCCGAAAAUGGGCCUACGAGACGUUCGGCGACGAGCGAGCCAUUCACUUCACCGUCAUGGCUACCCCCGAAGAUCUGGCGUCCAACGCAGACUACAUCCGAAUGGCCGACCACUACGUCGAGGUCCCCGGAGGCACAAACAACCACAACUAUGCCAACGUGGAAUUGAUCGUGGAUAUUGCCGAGCGCAUGAACGUCCACGCGGUGUGGGCUGGAUGGGGCCACGCCUCCGAGAACCCUAAGCUGCCAGAGUCGCUGGCCGCCUCCCCCAAGAAGAUUGUCUUCAUUGGCCCUCCCGGGUCUGCCAUGCGAUCGCUUGGUGACAAGAUUUCCUCCACGAUUGUAGCACAACACGCCGACGUACCAUGCAUUCCCUGGUCAGGAACCGGCGUGAAAGAAGUCGAGCUGGACGACAAGGGCAUCGUCACUGUUGCCGAUGAUGUCUACCAGAAGGGCUGCGUGAACUCGUGGGAGGAGGGUCUCGAGAAGGCCAAGGAGAUUGGCUUUCCCAUCAUGAUCAAGGCCUCCGAGGGUGGUGGUGGCAAGGGUAUCCGAAAAGCCGAUUCCGAGGAAGGCUUCGAGGAGCUCUACAAGGCCGCCGCUAGCGAGAUUCCCGGAUCUCCCAUCUUCAUCAUGAAGCUGGCUGGCAACGCCCGCCAUCUCGAGGUCCAGCUGCUGGCUGAUCAGUACGGCAACAACAUCUCCCUCUUCGGUCGAGAUUGCUCCGUUCAGCGACGUCACCAGAAGAUUAUCGAGGAAGCGCCCGUCACCAUCGCCAAGGAGGACACCUUCAAGGCCAUGGAGGAUGCCGCCGUCCGUCUUGGAAAGCUGGUCGGUUACGUCUCUGCCGGUACUGUCGAGUACCUCUACUCUCACUCCGACGACAAGUUCUACUUCCUGGAGCUCAACCCCAGACUUCAGGUCGAGCAUCCCACCACCGAGAUGGUCAGUGGUGUCAACUUGCCCGCCGCCCAGCUGCAGAUUGCCAUGGGUCUUCCCCUCCACAGAAUCCGCGACAUUCGAUUGUUGUACGGUGUCGACCCAAAGACCUCGAGCGACAUUGACUUCAACUUCAAGAACGAGAGCACCUCCCAGAGCCAGCGACGACCCCGUCCCAAGGGUCACUGCACGGCCUGCCGAAUCACCUCCGAAGAUCCCGGUGAGGGCUUCAAGCCGUCCAAUGGUGUUAUGCACGAGCUCAACUUCCGAAGUAGUUCCAAUGUCUGGGGUUACUUCUCCGUUGCGGCCCAGGGUGGUAUUCACAGUUUCUCCGACAGUCAGUUCGGUCACAUCUUCGCCUAUGGUGAGAACCGAUCAGCUUCACGGAAACACAUGGUCAUCGCUCUCAAGGAGCUGAGCAUUCGUGGUGAUUUCAGAACCACCGUUGAGUACCUCAUCAAGCUUCUCGAGACUGAGGCCUUCGAGGACAACACCAUCUCCACUGGCUGGCUGGAUGAGCUCAUCUCCAAGCGUCUCACUGCUGAGCGACCUGACACCAUGCUUGCCGUCGUGUGCGGUGCCAUCACCAAGGCCCACAUUGCGAGCGAAAACUCCUUGGCCGAGUACCGCGCUGGCCUCGAGAAGGGUCAGGUCCCUUCCAAGGAGAUCCUCAAGACUGUCUUUACCAUCGACUUCAUCUAUGAGGGCUUCCGUUACAAGUUCACGGCUACCCGCGCCAGUGCUGACAGCUACCACCUUUUCAUCAACGGUUCCAAGUGCUCGGUUGGUGUCCGUGCCCUGAGUGACGGUGGUCUUCUUAUCCUUCUCGACGGACGCAGUCACAACGUCUACUGGAAGGAGGAGGUUGGUGCCACUCGUCUCUCCGUCGACAGCAAGACUUGCUUGUUGGAGCAGGAGAACGACCCUACCCAGCUCCGAUCUCCCAGCCCUGGUAAGCUGGUCAAGUACACCGUCGAGAACGGUGCUCAUGUCCGUGCUGGCCAGACCUACGCCGAGGUUGAGGUCAUGAAGAUGUACAUGCCUCUCAUUGCCCAGGAGGACGGCAUGGUGCAGCUCAUCAAGCAGCCCGGAGCUACCCUCGAGGCGGGUGACAUUCUUGGUAUACUUGCGCUUGACGACCCCACUCGCGUUAAGCAGGCUCAAGCCUUCGUUGACAAGCUCCCCGACUACGCCGCGCCUGUCAUCGUCGGCAACAAGCCAGCUCAGCGCUUCACCCUCCUUCACAGCACCCUGAACAACAUCCUGGCUGGUUAUGACAACUCAGUCAUUAUGGUCCCCACCCUCAAGGCGCUGAUUGAGGUCCUUCGCGAUGCCGAGCUGCCCUACAGCGAGUGGAACGCUCAGUUCUCGGCGCUGCACGCUCGUAUGCCCAACAAGCUCGAUGUGCAGUUUACCCAGAUCGUCGACCGCGCCAAGUCUCGACACGCUGAAUUCCCUGCCAAGUCUCUGAGCAAGGCGUUCCAGAAGUUCCUCGAGGAGAAUGUCGCUGAUGGCGAUGUUUCCCUCCUCAAGACUACUCUUGCUCCCCUGACCGACGUCCUCGAGAUGUACGCCGAUGGUCAGAAGGCUCGUGAGCUUGCUGUCAUCCGGGAUCUGCUCGAGCAAUACUUUGAGGUUGAGGUGCUCUUCAUGAACCAGCCCCAGGAGGACGCGGUUGUCUUGAAGCUCCGUGACCAGAACAAGGAGGACAUCCCCAAGGUUGUCCAGACCGUUCUCUCCCACAGCCGUGUCAGCGCAAAGAGCUCGCUCAUCCUCGCCAUCCUCGAGGAGUACCGCCCCAACAAGCCUAACGUUAGCAACAUCGCUAAGAGCCUCCGUGAUACUCUCCGCAAGCUCACCGAGCUGCAAGUCUCGCGCUCGACCUCCAAGGUCUCGCUCAAGGCUCGUGAGAUUAUGAUCCAGUGCUCCCUUCCUUCCCUGGAGGAGCGAACCGCACAGAUGGAGCACAUCCUGCGCUCUUCCGUCAUCGAGUCUCGAUACGGAGAGACUGGUUGGGACCACCGGGAGCCUAGCUUGGACAUUAUCAAGGAGGUGGUUGACUCUAAGUACACCGUCUUCGAUGUCUUGCCCCUCUUCUUCGCCCACGACGACUCCUGGGUUUCCCUGGCUUCGCUCGAGGUUUAUGUCCGACGUGCCUAUCGUGCGUACAUCUUGAAGCAGAUCGAGUAUCACCAGGAUGAGAACGACCUGCCCCAGUUCGUCUCUUGGGAUUUCCAGCUCCGAAAGAUUGGACAGUCCGAGUUCGGUCUGCCUAUCCAGUCCGCUGCUCCCUCCACGCCUGCUACCCCCCUGGGUGGAGAGUUCAAGUUCAACCGAAUCCACUCGAUUAGUGACAUGUCCUACCUGUCUCACAAGUGGGAAGAGGAGCCCACCCGCAGGGGUGUUAUCGUCCCCUGCAAGUACAUUGAUGAUGCUGAGGACCUGAUCGGUAAGGCCCUCGAGGCUCUCGCCUAUGAGCAGAAGCAGAAGAAGUCGCGCACCACUCCUGGCCUGAUCCCCGACCUGAGCGGCAAGCGCAAGCCUGCGCAGCCCAAGCAACACGACGCUGAGGAGCUUUCUGCUGUUAUCAACGUCGCUAUCCGAGAUGCUGAGAGCCGCGGUGAUCAAGAUACCCUGGAGCGCAUCGUUCCCAUUGUUCAGCUGUACAAGGAUGAGCUUUUGGCUCGUCGUGUUCGUCGCUUGACUUUCAUCUGCGGUCGCAGCGACGGCUCGUACCCCGGAUACUACACCUUCCGUGGUCCUGAGUACAACGAGGACGACAGUAUUCGACACAGCGAGCCUGCUCUUGCUUUCCAGCUUGAGCUUGCUCGUCUUGCCAAGUUCCACAUUAAGCCGGUGUUCACUGAGAACAAGAAUAUCCACGUUUAUGAGGGUAUUGGCAAGACUGUGGACACUGACAAGCGAUACUUUACUCGUGCUGUUAUUCGACCUGGUCGUCUCCGUGACGAGAUCCCCACUGCCGAGUACCUGAUCUCUGAGGCCGAUCGUGUCAUUAACGACAUCUUUGACGCCCUUGAGAUUGUCGGCAACAACAACUCCGAUCUGAACCAUAUCUUCAUCAACUUCACUCCCGUCUUCCAGCUUCAGCCUCGUGAGGUUGAGGAGAGUCUCCAGGGCUUCUUGGACCGAUUCGGUCUUCGUGCUUGGCGACUCCGUGUUUCUCAGGUCGAGAUCCGCAUCAUUUGCACCGAUCCUCAGACUGAGCAGCCUUACCCUCUCCGUGUCGUUAUCACCAACACCUCCGGAUAUGUUGUCGACGUCGACAUGUAUGCGGAGCGCAAGUCCGAGAAGGGCGAGUGGGUUUUCCACAGCAUUGGUGGUACCAAGGAGAAGGGUCCCAUGCACUUGAUGCCCGUUUCGACCCCGUACGCCACCAAGAACUGGCUCCAGCCUAAGCGAUACAAGGCCCAUCUCAUGGGUACUCAGUACGUUUAUGAUUUCCCCGAGCUGUUCCGCCAGGCUAUUCAGAACACCUGGGCCAAGGCUACCAAGGAGCAGCCUACCCUGGCUGCCCAGGCGCCUAAGCCCGGUGACUGCAUCACCUUCACCGAGCUUGUCCUUGAUGACAAGGACAACCUUGAUGAAGUGAACCGUGAGCCUGGUACCAACACUUGCGGUAUGGUUGGUUGGAUCUUCCGGGCCCGAACUCCCGAGUACCCCAACGGCCGUCGCUUCAUCGUCAUUGCGAACGAUAUUACCUACAAGAUUGGUUCGUUCGGACCCAAGGAGGAUGACUUCUUCCACAAGUGCACGGAGCUGGCCCGCAAGCUGGGUAUCCCCCGUAUCUACCUGUCGGCCAACUCUGGUGCUCGUCUCGGUCUCGCCGACGAGCUCAUGGGCUACUUCAAGGUCGCCUGGAACGACGUCAAUAAGCAGGAUACCGGUUUCCGCUACCUGUACCUUGACGACGAGUCCAAGAAGCGUUUCGAGAAGGAUGUCAUCACCGAGGAGAUCUCGGAGGAUGGCGAGAAGCGACACAAGAUCGUCACCGUCAUUGGCAAGGAGGAGGGUCUCGGUGUUGAGUGCUUGAGGGGAUCUGGUCUCAUCGCCGGUGCGACCAGCAGAGCCUACAACGACAUCUUCACCGUUACCCUGGUCACCUGCCGAUCAGUUGGUAUUGGUGCCUACCUCGUCCGUCUCGGUCAGCGAGCCGUUCAGAUCGAGGGUCAGCCCAUUAUCCUUACUGGUGCCCCUGCCCUGAACAACCUGCUUGGUCGCGAGGUUUACACCUCUAACCUGCAGUUGGGUGGUACUCAGAUCAUGUACCGCAACGGUGUCUCCCACAUGACUGCCAAUGACGACUUUGCUGGUAUCUCCAAGAUUGUCGAGUGGAUGUCGUUUGUUCCCGAGAAGCGCAACAGCCCUGUCCCUGUUAGCCCCAGUGUUGACGACUGGGACCGUGAUAUCGUGUACACGCCUCCCCAGAAGCAGCCUUACGAUGUCCGGUGGAUGAUUGGCGGUCGCGAUGGCGACGAUGGCUUCGAACCUGGUCUGUUCGACAAGGACUCAUUCGUUGAGACCCUUGGCGGCUGGGCCAAGACCGUAGUUGUCGGACGUGCUCGCCUUGGUGGUAUCCCCAUGGGUGUCAUCGCGGUCGAGACUCGCUCGGUGGAGAACAUUACUCCCGCCGAUCCCGCCAACCCCGACUCCAUCGAGCAGCUUACCAACGAGGCUGGUGGUGUUUGGUACCCCAACUCGGCCUUCAAGACUGCUCAGGCGAUCAACGACUUCAACAAUGGUGAGCAGCUUCCUCUGAUGAUCCUUGCCAACUGGCGUGGUUUCUCUGGUGGCCAGCGCGACAUGUACAACGAGGUCCUCAAGUACGGUUCCUUCAUCGUCGAUGCCCUCGUCAAGUUCGAGCAGCCCAUCUUCGUCUACAUUCCUCCCCAUGGUGAGCUUCGUGGUGGAUCUUGGGUCGUCGUCGACCCUACGAUCAACCCCGUUGCCAUGGAAAUGUAUGCCGACGAGGAGGCCCGCGGUGGUGUCUUGGAGCCCGAGGGUAUGGUCGGUAUCAAGUACCGCAAGGACAAGCAGAUCGCGACCAUGGCCCGCAUGGACCCCACCUACGCCGGCCUCAAGAAGCAGCUUGAGGAUCUUAGCCUGUCUCAGGAGGAGACCGACGAGAUUAAGAAGAAGAUGUCGUUCCGUGAGAAGCAGCUGCUGCCGGUCUACGCUCAGAUCGCUGUGCAGUUCGCCGACCUUCACGAUCGCGCAGGCCGCAUGAAGGCCAAGGGUGUCAUCCGCGAGGUCUUGGAGUGGACCAACGCUCGCCGAUACUUCUAUUGGCGUCUGCGCCGUCGUCUCAACGAGGAGUACAUCCUCCGACGUAUGACGGCCAGCAUUCUCAACGCCUCUGGCACCCAGAGCACUUCCAAGACCACCGAGGUCCGCGAGAAGUACCUGCACCUUUUGCGCAGCUGGUCUGGCAUUGUCGACUGGGAGAAGGACGACCGUGCCGUGACGGAGUGGUACGAGUCGGAGCGUAAGAUGAUUGGAGAGAAGGUGGAUGCCCUCAAGUCAGAGGUGCUUGCCGCUGAGGUCGCCAGUGUGGUCCGAGGACACGCCAAGGCUGGAUGGACCGGUGUGCGCGAGGUGCUGAGGGUCAUGCCUGUUGAGGAGCGGGACCAGAUCCUCAAGUAUCUCCAGCAGUAG